AUGGAUAAGAAAUGGAAAAUUAUAUUAUCUACUUUAACCUGUUGCACAGUUUCGUUCCUAGUAUUGGCCAUUAUUAUUCCUUUCGUUUUACUAAGUGUAAUUAAGAGUUAAGCCCAAGAUGAAGCAAUUAUGUCAUCAAGCAAUUACGCACUAUGGGGAGAGAUACCGGGAGAUACCCAAACUUAUUUAACGAGGGAUUUCACUUUCUUCUAAUUUACGAAUCCUUAUGACGUAAUGUUUAGAGGGAAAAAACCAAUUUUGGUUGAGAAAGGUCCGUAUACAUAUUAGGAGAAGUAAAAUUUCACAGAUUAUACAUUCAACGACGACAAAAGCAUUGUGACAUUCCGUGCUUGGAUUCAGACUGUGGGGGAAAAAUAGAAUGAUAAAAUAACAUUCGCUAAUUUUGUUGCUUUAGGUGCAUGGCAUUAGCUUCAAAAUACAGAACCAGCAAUGAUGGCCUUAUAAGUGUUCAGUUCGUUUUAUUUUGAAUUGAAAAAAUUCUUUUACCCAACCAUGAUUGCUUAAGCAGUUAUAUCUAGUUUUUUGAAUGAGGAUACAGCGAAGAAGACAGUGUUGCUUGGUUUAUCAAAUGAGAAAUAAAAUCUAAUUUGGUUCGAUUAGGAGUUUGGAAUGGCCAAUAGCACCGCAUUCGUGAACUGGGUGUAAGUCGCUAAGAAAUACACUGAUGAUUCAUUUCUAAGAAACUACUUUUAAUUAUCUUAAUCUCAGAUGAAUAGCAUUAAGAGAUAAUUGGCCCCACUGAUCCAAGGUGCAGAAGGAAGCAUUAAAUAGCUAUUCUGCAAAAAAUCUCCAACCGAAGAGUGCUUCGAUGCUUAUUUAUGUGCGAAAUAAUGGGCUACUCAAAGCAUCACAAAUGAUCCAGAUGCUGGCACAACUCCAGUCCCUAGUGUUAUCACUGGUAAUACUACCAGUCACGGUUACCCUGAGCUCAGUUAUUUCUAUACAGAAUACUUUUUAAAAGUUAUAGAACCAACAAAUGAAAAGUAUAAGAAUCUAAAGUUUACUACUGAAUGGGCCUUGGAAUUACUUAGACAUUAUGAGUAUUACUCAGUUGAAGAUCCUAAAUACUAUACAGAUUCACAUUUAUUAUUACAUAUUGGGAACUUGAGAUUCUUAUAUGAAGAAGGAAAUCAAUAUGAUAAAACUAAAAAGGAGGAUCAUUUAACCAAAAUACAAAACAGAUUCAAACUUGAAUCUAUCUAUCAUUCAAGAGUGUUUUAUGAGUAUAUAAAAUAUAUGGAAGAGGAAUUUGGAGUCUAGAAGUCAAUCAAUGGCACUAAAGGCAUAGCUGGAUUGGGAACUAUUGUAUCAUAGGCUCUUUAUGGAGAAAUGGCGAAUUUGAAUGAUAAUUUAUUUGAUUACGUGAUGUCAGAUUUGUUGAUUAAGAGAGUCACGAAAUGCGAAUAGGUGUUGGAAAAACUGGAUAAAAUUAAUGAUGCUUAGAAAGAGAAAUUUUGUAGUUUGGGUGAAUACAAGAAUUGGAAUUCAAAGUCGAUUAAUCAAUUGUUAUAUAUAUGCGAACAUUAGGAAAGUGUUUAUUGGGGAUAACUGUAAACUUUAACAGGAAUGACUAAUAUAUAAUUAAUACAAUUAUGUGAUGAAGAAGAGGAAGGAUUUGGUUAAGAAUUGAAGUUGGCAAACAAUAAGAUGAAGGCGAAGUAUGAUUGUAAAUUGGAAAGAUGCACGAAGUUCGAGAUUGGAGUCAAACAAUGGGCUUUUUCAAUGAUUUCAGAGAAUCCGAUAGACGAAUUGUAUAAAGCAAGUAAAACUAUGGGGGACAUAUAUCCAAUAUUUAAGAAAUUUGAAUAUACUUGGUUUUAAGCAGAAUUCAAGGACAUUUUUACGGAUAAGAAAUUAGAUUAUGACUUAGCAAGAUAUUUAUUGUCUUUUGAGUGUUUAUACAAUGGGUAAAUGAUUAGCAAUGCUUUUAUUCAUUUUGUGAAUGAUGAUAAGAAGUCAUUUCAGAAAAUUCUACCUUUUGAUGAUUACAACAUAUUGCAUUAUUUAAGAUAUGUUAUGAUUGAAUUGGGAUUGGAAGGAUUUGCAGAUACAAGGACAGUUGAUGAAAUUCUGUUUGGAUAUUGGCCGUAACUCACAGUUGCAAUUAAGGAAAUGAACCCUGCAAUGGGUGGUGAUCCAUCAACUCCAAUUACUGGAUUAAAUUUGAAUUUGCCAAGCGAAUUGAGUUAAUUAUAAAGUGUGUAUACUGGGAAGAAGGAUAUUUCAAAAGUAAGGAAGUACCAUUAGAUUGAAGGACUAGAUUACUUGAAUGUUAAAGUCCCUUUCUUUGAUGGAAAUUAAACAACCUUUAGAUAAUUCAACCCAUGGAAUAUUGAAGUGUCUUGCGAAUUAGGUACAGAUGCAUUCUCAUACGAACCUUAAUUGCCAGCAAGUGGUCACAUUGGAACUAUUAUUACCGAUAUUGUGAAGAAUAUUUAUUUGGAUUACAAUGAAACAAUUGAUUUUCACGGUCUAAAAGCUUACAGAUUCAGAAAUAAUAAACAUACAUUUGACAAAAAUCCAGAAUAUCAUAAUUACAAAUGGGAUGGACUAGAAAAUAUGACCACAAUUUAAAAUGCACCGAUCAUGAAUAGUCCCACUCAUUUUUAUAAUGGAGACAUUAAAUUACAGGAGAUGAUCGAAGUUUACAAACAUGAUAAUUUGACGGACAGAUAAUGGGCAAGUGAUUGGGAUGACUCAUACGUGAUUUAUGAACCAUUUACUGGAGUGGCUUUAUCGGCUAUGUUAAAUCUGAUGGUAAGUGUAGAGUACAAGCAGGAUGUGUUGUUCCCUUGUGAUAAUUAUGCUGUUUUGCCAGUUAUGUCGUUAACAAGAGGAGCCAAUUGGACAAGCGAAUAAAUUGAUGAAACCUUUGGCGAACUUAAAUCUGGUUUGAAGUUGAGAUGGACUUUGGCAAUCAUAUUUUAUGUUGUUGCAUUCCUAUUUCUGGUCUCUUCAAUAACAGUGUUUUACUACAAGUAUUGGGUACCAAAGAAGAUAAGAGUUCAAUAAGACGACGGGUCCUAUCAAAACUUAAGUUCUAUUGGAGAUCAGGAAGGCCAGAUUAAUCGGUCUGAACAUCAAGAGGCACAAAGGAAUCGCUGA